GUCGGUGGCCUUUUCGCGUACACGGUACCGAGAACAGUUUUCUACAAUUCCGUCGUCGCGUUUGGUUGGUUAAAGAAUCUCUGAUGCUGCCUAGCUAACAUCUCAAGCCCAUGGUAACGAUGACGUGAUAAUCUAUACGGAAACUUAGUGCAUACGGAACGACAUUGUGCAUUGUGCCGUUGCGGUCCGCUCCGUGCAGGAAAGUGCGUGGUUCAUUCCGACGAGAGAUAGUUUUGUUUAGGUAAAAUUUCACCCAAAAGUGUAGUGAUCAUAAAUUUGUAAACGUACUAUAAUUCGACGGCGGAUCGGCAGCACAGGUGGUAAAAGUCGUUAGUGCUUCAAAUCGUUCGAGAAGUUCAUUCAACAAAGAUAGUUUAGUGAAAGUGGGCUACUGCGAUAGUGACGUCGAAAACAGGAUCCUUCUAAAUGUAGUGGUUGCACAAGAUCAGGAUCACCUGUCAUGUGUCGAGUGUAAACAAAAACAUUCGUGCAUAUCUUAGCUGCCCCGUGGGUCGUGUAUUUAUUUUCGAGAAGUGUUUGACGAUAUGUCACAUUUGAUAUACAAUCCUUAACUACACAAAUCAACGGCAAUAAGAUCAGGAGCAGCAUCAGGAGAUAGGCUUCAAACAGGGAAUCUCAUCGUAAUUGUCUAUCUCUGCUGCUAGCUUCAGCUUCCCCUCGCGUAUUAGAACUGAAAAAUCUCCACACGGUUCACCAUGGAUGACAAACAACCAAUUACAUCGCCAAACGAGGACAAUGCUACGGCCACGAUGCCCACGACGAACGGACGGGAAGAGAACGUGAAACCGGUCGGUUGUGCGCAUUACAAACGACGGGCCCAAUUUGUGACUCCAUGCUGCAAUAAAUUCUACAUGUGUCGAUACUGCCACGACGAGAACGAGACACACUUAUUCAACCGGAAAACCGUCACGGAGCUUAUCUGCACCGAGUGCAACACCCGACAACGGGUGCAGGCGGAGUGCGAAAACUGUGGCGUCCGCUUCGGCAGGUACACAUGUUUGGUAUGUAAUCUCUUCGACGAUGAGGAUCGUAAUCAGUACCACUGCGAAGGCUGCGGCAUUUGCCGCGUCGGUGGCCGUGGACGUUUCUUUCACUGUGAGGUUUGCAACAUGUGUCUACCAUUGCAGCUGAAGAUCGAUGGCCAUAAGUGCGUGGAAAAUGUGUCUCGUUCGAAUUGCCCAGUUUGCCUGGAUGACAUUCACACCUCGCGUCUUCCGUGUCACAUUCCGGACUGUGGGCAUUUACUCCAUCGGACCUGCUUCGAGAACUUGCUCGCUACUGGCUACUAUGCUUGCCCUAUCUGCCAGACAUCGAUGAUGGACAUGGUGCAGCUGUGGGUGUUUCUGGAUGCCGAAGUGGCCGCGACACCCAUGCCAAAGGAGUACGAGAAAUAUUACGUCGAUAUCCUUUGCAAGGACUGUCACAAGGAGUCAUUGAUAAAGUUCCACGUGGUUGGACUAAAGUGCCCCCACUGCGGUGGAUAUAAUACCUGCCAGACGAAAGCGAAAACUUCCCGCACCGAAACGGACAGCUUUGACGCCGACGGGGCGAUGGGCAGUGGCGCCCCGACGGACGCCAACACAGUGACAACGGCAUCGCCGCCGAUGGUAGAAUUUCCCGCGGCAAAUGGUACAGAGAGUACGAGCCACAGCACGACGAAUGAGGAAAGUUCUAGCGGUGGUCCGAGCACCUCGACGACAUCGUCCACUUCCUCCUCGUCCGCAUCCACAGCUUCCUCCUCGUCCUCGUCGACGGUGGUGAGCCUGGCCGCAAGCAGCCACAGUGGCUCUCAGUUCGGGAGUGACAGUUCGUCUGCCAACGCAACGACCAGCAGCCACAGAGCUCGCGAUAGGGACGAAGGACCGGCACCGCCUAUCUGCGACAACGAUCCCGCGGCCACCUCGUGUGGUAACAGCAAUAACACCGACGGUGCGACGCCCCAGAUCUGAACGGUGUGAAACCAUUCUACCAACGCCGGUUGAAGACGUCCUCUGGGUGCGUAUGUGUCCUGUCUUCCCUUCUAGAUAUGGCGCUUGAGUGGAUACCAAGGUGAAUUAACCAAUAUGUCGAUAAGAAAUCAUAGCAAAAGCAAAAACGAACGAACUCAAAUUCAAAGUACUCUUUACUCCAUUAUCUCAGACAAAAUUCCAAAACAAAACAAACAAAAUCAUUUAAAAAAGACGAGCGUCACAUGGUGGAAAUGUUCCAUGUACGAUUACUAAAAGACGCAAAGUUUUUUUUUGUUAGCCUAACAGUGUUCAUUCCAAUCAAAUAAGUAUCGUCCGUCGUAAAUCCUAGCAGCCUUUGCUUUGUGUUCAUAUUAGUUUUGUUUGUUAACAUAUUUGUGUUAUAUUACAUGUAGUAGAAUUAUGUAGCUUAGUAGUCCAACUCACCUCCCCCUCUCCUUUUCCCUGUACGAGGUAACUGACUAUUCAUGUACGCGUAAGGAAACAGUCAUAAAAAAAAAAAACAUAUGAGGUGUCACGGGAAAAUUGUGGAAAUAGAAACAUUUUGAUCUAAAAAAAACAGUAAUAUAUAGAAGAAAAUGCUCCAAUCACUCGCGACGAAAAUGUAGAGAAACUACCAGCAAUUAUGUAAUAUGAAUACCUUCAUUUAUGUCUUGCUUAUCCACAACGAUGUUUAGUAUUGUCUCGUGUAUAGGAAUUGAAAAUCAAAAUUA